AUGGAUGAAGUGCUAAGUAGCUCUGCUUUGUUGCUGUGGGAUGAGGAGUCUGGGGAGUGGGAUGUGGGAACCAUCCAUGAAAGAUUCAAGCUACAUUUUCUGAGGCAGAAGGAGCUCCUUCAGAGGGAGUGGCAGAACCAGACCUGGCCCAGGAGCGUGCCCAGGAUUCUUUUCCCUCAUGGUAGUGGGAAGACACUGUUGAGUCGCCAUCUUUGCAGAGGUGUGGAAACAGCUGUUGCACCCUCAGUCCAGGGGGGCUGUUUCUCCUUCUGUCUGAGUGAGAGAGAGGCUCUGAAUGUUAAUCCCGGCAUUACCCAUGCAGAAGAUGUCGAGGGGACAGUUGGAGAAUUCUGUAGGUUUUCACUGGAAAGAGACAAGCAACAAAAGUCUGACUGUAACUUCAGAGAUCAAGAGAGACAAGAGGGAAGCCAUGGAAAAAAGAUGAAUGAAAAACCCAUUCCUUUCCAAGGACGGCUAUUCCCUGAUGUAACUGACAUGGCAGAGGAAAUGUAUAAAUGCUUGGACUGUGGAUUAAAUUUCUCAGAUCAAACUGGCCAUGAUAUCAGUUUGCAAAAGCCCCCUGUAAAGAAGGCCCAUAAUUGCUUCCAGUGUGGAAAGAACUUCCUUUGUGGAGCAGAGCUCAUUAGACACCAGAGAAUCCAUAUAGGAGAGAAACUGUAUAGUUGCUCAGACUGCGAGUGCUCAGAGUGCGGAAAGAAAUUCUGUGAGAGUUUUAAUCUUCAACAGCAUCUACGAACCCACACAAGGCCUUUUGAGUGCUCAGAGUGUGGAAAGAGGUUUGCUCACAGUGGCCAACUUCAUGUGCAUCAAAGAACCCAUACAGGGGAGAAACCUUUUGAGUGCUCAGAGUGUGGAAAGAGAUUCAGUCAGAGUGGCAGUCUUCAACUGCAUCUACAAACCCACAAAGUGGAGAAACCUUUUGAGUGCUCAGAGUGUGGAAAGAGAUUCAGUCACAGUGGCAGCCUUAAACUGCAUCAAAGAACUCACACAGGAGAGAAACCAUUUGAGUGCUCAGAGUGUGGAAAGAGAUUCAGUCACAGUGGCAUUCUUCAACUGCAUCAAAAAACCCACACAGGCGAGAAACCUUUUGAGUGUUCAGAGUGUGGAAAAAGAUUCAGUCAUAGGUGCAGUCUUCAGCUGCAUAAAAGAACCCACACAGGUGAGAAGCCUUUUGAAUGCUCAGAUUGUGGAAAACAAUUCACUCACUGUGGAAAUCUUCAGCUACAUCAAAGAACCCACACAGGAGAGAAACCUUUUGAGUACUCAGAGUGUGGGAAGAGAUUCAGUCAGAGAGGCAAUCUUCAAAUGCAUGAAAGAACUCACACAGGAGAGAAACCUCUUGAGUGUUUAGAGUGUGGAGAGAGAUUUAGGCAGAGAAGCAUCCUUCAACAACAUCUAAGAACUCACACAGUGGAGUGUCUCUAGUGAUACCAUCUAAUUAGUUGGAUCCCUCCUCCUGGUAAGGAGUGCCAUAAGGCAAGCGGACCAAGGACUGGCAUCUUUAGAGGCAUCCCUCACCUCUUCUGGCUGAAGCUUCUAAGCAGCAUCACCAAAAGCCUAAUCCCUUUUCCUGCUUCAACCAGCAUUUAGAUGUCAAUUGCACUGCAUUUUUUUUGCAGCUGAUUACAUAACCCUUGAAGCACAUGUGUAUUAGAAGGACAUUACUUGCUUCAGCCUCCUUACCACCUCCAUUAUAUUUUUGCAGCAGCAACUCCACAGCUUCCUUGAUUACAUGCACCCUGCCAGUGUGGGAUACAAAUGGGAUGGUUCCCCAAACUGUAAUGUGCUUUAAAAAUCUCUAUGUGAUUGUCACUCUUUUGACCAUUGUGUACCUAGGUUGGAUCAUUGGAUCCUUGUGUGUUUUUCUUUUUUGUGCAUUGAAUUUAUUAGUGUUUAACCAUGUAGUUAAUUUAUCAUGUGCUUUGACUUAACUGUUUCAUUUAAAACUAAUUGUUGAUUGUUUUAAUGGGCAUUUAGACACUCACAAAAGCAGUGUCUGAUUUCAACCUCACACCAUUUCA